GGUAACCUAGAAUAUAUCAUUAUAAAACAAAAUAUCUGCAACACUUCUCCAUACACGAUGAAUCGGCAAAUUUUAGUCCAGUUGACAAUACUUAUUGUUAUUAAUAAUGCACAAGGACUUAUUCCUUGUACUGAAGAUGAAAAAAGUUUUAAGUGUAAUCAAAGUGAUUUAACUGUUUUCACCAUGGGCAGCAACGACAAUAUUAAAUGCCCACCGGACAUGUUUUGCAAUUACAAUUAUCAAAAAGCCGACGCUUCAAGUUUUUGCAUUCCCUGCCGAGACAAGAAAUCGGUUUGUAAUAAAUUCGCAUGUGUUCCAAAUAAACCUUCAAAAGUGUCAAUCAUGGGAAUGGAACUUGACUGUCCGAACACUUUAAUAUGUAAUACGAAUUUAAAGACGAAUUGCUCCGCGUGCAUCCGUGAAGUUUGCGAUAGUGCUAUGUCGUGGAAAUGUUCCAGUACUGAUCCAACAAAAUUCACAAUAAACAAUAUGGAAGGACAAUGUAAACCAGGUUAUGUCUGUAAAACAGAAAAUACGCCACCUUGCAAUGAACAGUGUAUUAAAGAUACUGCACCAAUUACUACAACACAAAUACCAACAACUACUGAAGUAACAACGAAAGUAACGGAUGAAACAACUUCUGCAAAACCCUCUUCUACAACAACAUUACCUUCAUCUACUUCUCUCCCUACUACUAUCACUUCAACAUUAUCCACAACUGAUUUAACAUCUACAACAACUGCUGCUCCUUCAACCUCUACAACAACAUUGCCUUCAUCAACUCCUGACCCUACAACUAUCACUUCAACAUUAUCUACAACUGAUGUAUCAUCUACAACAACUGCUGCUUCUUCUACUCCUACAACAACAUCCAAUCCUUCAACUUCAGAGUCGAACCCUACAACCACAAGCACCGAGGUCUCCAUAACCUCUUCUACACUGUCUUCAACAGAACCAACAACUGUUGCAAGUACCAGUACAACUGUAAGUAGUGUAACAACUCCAACCACAAUCGCAACAACAGUACCACCUUUCCAAAUACCAAAUUGCAAUGAUGGUCACGCUGAUAUCAAUCCAUGUCGCCCAGGUCCAAGUAAUAAAGUUUAUUACUACAAGUGCAUUUACUAUUCCCCUGUAUGGUAUGACUACCAAAUUAAGCUAUGCCACGAUAUUCAAUCAGAUCCAGUAUGUCGGGGAAAAGUUUGUUAAAAAAAUGUUUAUAUAUGUUAUUUGUUCAAAUAUUUUAGUACUAACAUGUUGUGUACAAUAUUUUUAAGAGAAAGUAUGUGUGACUUUUUACAAAACUAUAAAAUGAAGUAAAAUUUAGUUUUUGGAAGUUAUACGAAUGUAAGAAUAUCGAAGAUUGUGUUAUAAAAUAAAUAAUUUUAAAGUUAUAAAAUGAAACUGCAAUUGGUGCAAAGUUUUUUUGUAGUUUUAAUUGUGAUUGUUAGAGUGGAUGGUGAUCAAGUGGAAGUUCAUUGUGUUACAGAUAACACUUUUGCUGUGCAUGUGACAGUUUUUCAACAAGUAAUUGAAACUGCUUUGGUAUUAUAUUGUCCACCAAAUCAUCAAUGUGUACCUAAUUCAAAAAUGCCUUGUCAAAUGGAAACAGACAUUCCACAUUCCACGAUAACUCCGACAUGGACCACUCCACAACCUAAUCAUAAUCGGAGUACAACAGCUUCAUUCUCGACUGAAUCAACAACGAUAACAAAACUUCCAGUACCUGAAUGCAAUGGACCCGGUUAUCAUCAAGCAAACAAAUGCAAUGAGUAUUAUGAAUGUGUCCCGACAUUCUGGUGGUACCAACCAAUGCUGAGAUCCUGUGCGAAAGGGUUCUUCUUUUCUACUGGAAAUAAGAAACCAUGCGAUAAGCCUCCUCAUGUAAUUUGCUUUUUUUGAAUAAAAAUUAUUUUGUUUUGUUUAUUAAGGACAUAAA